CCUUGCCCCUCUGCUGACCGCGACUACAGGAGCGAUUGAAGCCAGGCAGCACCUGGCAGUGUUAAACGGUAACCAGGGAAACACCACUUCCGCUGACGUCAUUACGGCGACACGUGGAUCCAAGAUGGCGGCGGCGAUGGAUUGGUUGCCGUGGUCCCUACUGCUUCUCUUUCUCACGUGGGAUACAAGCGCCUUCUAUGUCCCUGGGGUCGCGCCAAUCAACUUCCAUCAGAACGACCCUGUAGAAAUCAAGGCUGUGAAGCUCACCAGCUCUCGAACCCAGCUACCUUAUGAAUACUACUCACUGCCCUUCUGCCAGCCCAGCACAAUAACCUACAAGGCAGAGAACCUGGGAGAGGUGCUGAGAGGGGACCGGAUUGUCAACACCCCUUUCCAGGUUCUCAUGAACAGCGAAAAGAAGUGUGAGGUUCUGUGCGGCAAGUCUAACAAGCCAAUGACCCUGAGCGUGGAAGAGAGCCGGCUUGUGGCUGAGCGGAUCUCAGAGGACUACUAUGUCCACCUCAUUGCUGACAACCUGCCUGUGGCCACCCGGCUGGAGCUCUACUCCAACCGCGACGGCGAUGACAAGAAGAAAGAAAAAGAUGUGCAGUUUGAACACGGCUACCGGCUCGGCUUCACAGACGUCAACAAGAUCUACCUGCACAACCACCUCUCGUUCAUCCUUUACUACCACCGAGAGGACCUGGAAGAGGACCAGGAGCACACAUACCGCGUCGUCCGCUUCGAGGUGAUUCCCCAGAGCAUCAGGCUGGAGGACCUCAAAGCCGAUGAGAAGAGUUCAUGCACCCUACCUGAGGGUACCAACUCCUCGCCCCAGGAAAUUGACCCCACCAAGGAGAAUCAGCUGUACUUCACCUACUCUGUACACUGGGAGGAAAGUGACAUCAAAUGGGCCUCUCGCUGGGACACUUACCUGACUAUGAGUGAUGUGCAGAUCCACUGGUUUUCUAUCAUUAACUCUGUCGUCGUUGUCUUCUUCCUGUCAGGCAUCCUGAGUAUGAUUAUCAUUCGGACUCUCCGGAAGGACAUUGCCAACUAUAACAAGGAGGAUGACAUUGAAGACACCAUGGAAGAGUCUGGGUGGAAGCUUGUGCACGGUGAUGUCUUCAGACCCCCCCAGUACCCCAUGAUCCUCAGCUCCCUGCUGGGCUCAGGCAUUCAGCUCUUCUGUAUGAUCCUCAUCGUCAUCUUUGUGGCCAUGCUUGGGAUGCUGUCACCCUCCAGCCGGGGAGCCCUCAUGACCACGGCCUGCUUCCUCUUCAUGUUCAUGGGGGUGUUUGGUGGAUUUUCUGCCGGCCGUCUAUACCGCACUCUGAAAGGCCAUCGGUGGAAGAAAGGAGCCUUCUGUACGGCGACGCUGUACCCUGGCGUGGUGUUUGGCAUCUGCUUCAUAUUGAAUUGCUUCAUCUGGGGAAAGCACUCAUCAGGAGCGGUGCCCUUCCCCACCAUGGUGGCCCUGCUGUGCAUGUGGUUUGGGAUCUCCCUGCCCCUCGUCUACCUGGGCUACUACUUCGGCUUCCGCAAGCAGCCAUAUGACAACCCUGUGCGCACCAACCAGAUUCCCCGGCAGAUCCCUGAACAGCGGUGGUACAUGAACCGAUUUGUGGGCAUUCUCAUGGCUGGGAUCCUGCCCUUCGGCGCCAUGUUCAUCGAGCUGUUCUUCAUCUUCAGUGCCAUCUGGGAAAAUCAGUUCUAUUACCUCUUUGGCUUCCUGUUCCUCGUCUUCAUCAUCCUGGUGGUAUCCUGUUCACAAAUCAGCAUCGUCAUGGUGUACUUCCAGCUGUGUGCAGAGGAUUACCGCUGGUGGUGGAGGAACUUCCUGGUCUCGGGGGGAUCUGCAUUCUACGUCCUGGUUUAUGCCAUCUUUUACUUUGUUAACAAGCUGGACAUCGUCGAGUUCAUUCCCUCUCUCCUCUACUUUGGCUACACGGCCCUCAUGGUCCUGUCCUUCUGGCUCCUUACGGGCACCAUCGGCUUCUAUGCAGCCUACAUGUUUGUCCGCAAGAUCUACGCUGCUGUAAAGAUAGACUGAUGGGAGUGGACCAUGGCCAGGCCCACUCCGUCCACAGACAGGAAGCCACUCUGCGUGGGGAACUGCAGGCACGUAAAAUAAAAUACUCCUGCUCAUUUGGAAUGUAACUCCUGGCACAGUGUUCCUGGAUCCUGGGGCUGUGUGAGGGGUGGGAGGGCCUGUAGAUACAUCUUGCAUUUUUCUUCAUCAUCUUAUUCCAGUUCUGUGGGGGAUGAGAUUUUUUGUGGGUUGCUUUUUCUUCAGUGCUAAAAAAGUUCCCUCCAGCAGGAACUCUCGGACCUGUUUAUUCAGGUUUAUUUUGGUUUGGGGUUUUUUCCUUAGUUUUUUUAAGAAAUGGAUCCAGGAUGGAUAAAUCCACCAAGACACUGGGUUUUGGUCACUGUCUCCACCUCAGUUCCUCAGGGCUGUUGGCCACCCCACGACUAACUGGAAGAGGAAACACCGGGCCUUCUGGGGCUUCAGUGAGGUUUCCAAGCCUCUCACCGCCCAUCCUCGCCAUUGAUGCCACAACAAAGCACAGCUCCAGCCCGGACAUGCAUCCUCAGUGCCAACCAGCCUCUACCAGCCCCUUGCCUCCCCUCUUUCCUCCCCAGCCUCCUCCCAGGGCUGCCUCCAAGUCAUCCUGUCACUGGGAGCGAGCCCAAGUCUUGGUUGCUACAAGGAAAGCCCCUGGAAGUACUGGGGGCCAAGUGCCCCAGGACAGCAGGAAUCACGCCUGCUCAGAGCAGUAGGAGUUUGCUGGACCAGAGAAGAGACUAGCAGUGAACUGUUUUCGUGCCAAGAAACCCUGGAUCUGGGCCAAGUAUUUCCAGCGCCAAGCCAAGUGUCUGUGCGCUGAGGGUCCUCACCCCUCAGGAUUGCUCCCCAACCCUUUCCUCGGUGGGUUGCUGCUCGUGGCGGGCCCUCUCCUCCCCCACUUCCAGGGCAGAGCAAGGCCUGGAGACCUCAGAUCCCCUCCUUUAGGUGGCUGGCAAGAGUCAUUCUUUCCCUGACAUCCGCCAGCCUCAGUGCCCAUACACAGCUCUUUUAGCCAGACCCAUCCCCUCCAUCUCCACCUCCCAUCUGAGUUCUUACCUCCUUUUGGGGACACCCAGAAAACUGCUUCUGAGAAGGAGGAUGGAAGGUAAGUUCCGCAAUUCUUUCCCCAAUUCCCAGGAGUAGGUAAGGAGCCCAAGUUAGAAAGAGGGAGCUAAUGUGGCAGGCCUGGCUCCGCCAUCAACGCCCGCUCUUCCCAACCCCUUGCCUACUGGUGCAUGUCACAAACGUUUGCUCUUAAGUUGCAAGAGACCAAACCCACCCUGGGGUCAGGGUUUAAGUAACAGCCACUCACCCUUGCUGCAGCGCCUUUGGAACUCCCACCACAAGACAAAGCUCAGGAUGCUGGUUAAGCUAGGAACACACCCCACCCCCUUCACCCCCCAGACUCUCCCAGCAGCCCCUACCAGCUCUGCCAGUUAAACCAGUGAACUUCUCAACCUUGCCUCACAGUGACUCUGCAGCACCAGGCGGGGUCCACCAAGAAUCAGGUUGGAGAAAAGGGAACCCAAGCAGUAGAGUACGAUGAUGGAGUCUUUCGUUCAUUCAAAUCUUGGAUUUUUUCCCUAAGAGAUUCUCUUUUUUGGGGGGAGUAGGGAAAUGGACUCCUCAUAAAAGGUUCAAACAUCAUCGAUUUUUCUGACUUUUUUAAUCAUCAUCAUUAUUAUUUUUAAUUAAAAAAUGCCUGUAUGCCUUUUUUUGGUCCAGUUGUAAAUAAAUAUGCCGUUGUCCUGUU